AUGUCCCCACCCCAUCCUUCCACAGAGUUCCCGACUCCCCGCGUCUCGGGGGAGGAGUGCCCUCCCCCUCCCCCGCGCCUAUCACGCGCCGAGGACCCCAAAGGCGAGAACCCCGACAUCACUCCCGGCUCGCUUCCCAUCCCCGCCCCCAAUAUCCGCCUGCCAGUCGUCCCGCGCAGGUCGUCGUCGCUUCGCCGCCCCGUCCCCAAGCGUACGUCCUCUCUCCCGUCUGCCAGGGAUGUCUACCCCGCCCUCGCUUUGCCUUUCUCUGUCGCCCCCGUUUCCGUUGGCCCCGUUUCCGUCGCCCCCGUCCCCGCCUCCGCGGCUCCUGCUACGCCCUUGUGCUCCGCUUCACCCGUGGCCGUCUCCGUACUCGACCUUUCCGUUAGCACCAUGUGCCGCGACCUCGACACAAUUUCGGAAACACACGUGGACAACACGCUCUCGGUGCCCGACGCGGCCGGCGCAUCCGGGGCGUCCAUCAAAUCCCAUGCAUCGGUCGACUCCGUCGAGUCGCGCCUCACUGCGCCGUCUGACUCGGACUCUGGCACGAGCGGGAGGUCUACUCCCGUCGAGACGAAGGACGAAGAGCCGUGGGCGCAGCAGUUUUAUCCCUCGGUCGCGGCGUACGAGGCUGCACGGGCACGCGGGGCGCGCAUGCCCCGGUGUGAUGGGUGUGCGUUAACGCGGGGCAGGAGCAUUAACGAGGACGGGUCAAAUGUCGUCUGUGUCGACACACAAUGUCCCAAUUUCGCAGGGUUUCACGUGCCCAAACGCCGCAUGAGCAUCAUCACCUUACAGUACGAGGUGUACAAGAAGCUCCCGCGCUACAGCCAGCAAUAUUCAUAG